UAUAGAUAGAAGAAUUACUCUCAGGUAACGAAAAACCGUCCCAGGUUAGCUAAACUGCUGUCAUGGUGCGUGGUGACGUCACAGACUCCAAAGGCAAAUGGCGUCGCCCGACAUAGCUGCGAGUGAGGACUGCCUCCUGGAUGUUCUUUGACAGCUUGCUCCUCGGCGUCAGGGCACGAUAUGGCCGGGGUAUUUCCUGACGACGUGUCUCCUAUCAUUCCACUGUAAGACUGCCACCUUUCCACAGCAAGUCCAACACUAUUUCCCGCCUGCUUCCUCAAGCUAAUGCUCCGCCUAGCUAGCGUUGCUAACCAUCUGCUAGCCGGUUGUGAAUACGUGGCUGGUAAAUGUUAAGCUUUUGUUUUCAAACUGGCGUCAAAUGGCUCCUUUAAGUAUGUUUCUACAUUGAAGUCAACUCAGACGUUCAUACAUUAUCCAGUGACAUUCCCCGGACCAUCAGCUGCCAAGUUAGCUUGCUGUCCCCAUUGUUUACAUAUCGGCUACUACGCUUUUGACAUGUUAUGACCUCAACAAUAUGGAGGAGGGAGCAGGUCCGUUGAUGUCCCGGCUAAAAUUCUACAACCUCAUCCAUCUAUAUGAAGAUGUGUGGGAUUAGGAGGACAGAUGAUAAGUCUAUUGGGAGGACUGAUUGACUUUUUGAAAAAAAGGUCAAUUUAUAAACGAGUGGUGGAGCAGCUGCGUGCCACUGGGAUGAUGUGUAGAAUAUUCCUCCUCAUCAGUCUCAUUGGCUGGACAAGAUGUCAAGAGAGUCAACACAUGACACCAGAGGAGAAGAGCGUCAUCAGGGAUCGUGUUGUUGAGAUGUUCGAUCACGCUUACGGUAGUUACAUGAAAUAUGCUUAUCCGGCUGACGAGCUGAUGCCUCUUAGCUGCAAGGGGAGAGUGCGUGGCCAGGAGCCGAACCGAGGCGACAUCGACGACUCCUUGGGGAAGUUUUCACUUACCUUGAUCGACACUCUGGAUACCUUGGUGGUGUUAAACAAGCUGGAUGAGUUUGAAGACGGCGUGAAGAAGGCGGUGGCGGACGUACGCCUGGACAAUGAUGUGGUGGUGUCUGUGUUUGAGACCAACAUCAGAGUGUUGGGGGGGCUCUUGGGAGCCCACGUGAUGGCCGACCUGCUGCGUCAGCGCGGUGGAAGGAUGCAGUGGUAUAAAGACGAGCUCCUCAGCAUGGCUACGGAGCUCGGGCAUAGGCUGCUACCUGCCUUCAACACCACAAGUGGCCUUCCUUACCCUAAGGUCAAUCUGCGUUACGGCGUGCGAAACCCGCUCUCACGUACGGGCACCGAGUCGGACACGUGCACCGCCUGUGCGGGAACGAUGAUCCUGGAGUUUGCCGCCCUGAGCAGAUUGUCAGGAGAGGCUGUCUUUGAGGAGCAUGCACGCAGAGCUCUGGAUGUCCUGUGGGAGCGGAGGCAGAAAGGAAGUGACCUCGUGGGGACCGUCAUCAACAUCCAUAAUGGAGAAUGGGUCAGACGGGACAGCGGCGUCGGUGCCGGCAUCGAUUCCUACUACGAAUAUUUGAUGAAGGCCUACAUUCUUCUCGGGGACAAGGUUUUUCUGGAGAGGUUCAACACUCACUACAGUGCCAUUAUGAAGUACAUAAGUCAGCCCCCCCUGCUGCUCAACGUGCACAUGCACAACCCCACAGUGAGCGCACGCAGCUGGAUGGACUCCCUGCUGGCCUUUUUCCCAGGCUUACAGGUAUUGAGAGGAGACCUGAAGCCGGCCAUUGAGACUCACGAGAUGCUCUAUCAAGUCACCAAGCAACAUAAGUUUCUCCCUGAGGCUUUCACCACGGAAUUCCGUGUUCACUGGGGCCAACACCUCCUGAGACCAGAGUUUGCCGAAAGCACCUACUACCUCUAUAAGGCCACCGGUGACCCCUACUACCUCAGAGUGGGCCAGUCCAUUGCAGAGAAACUCAAUGCAUAUGCCAGAGUGCCUUGCGGGUUUGCCGCCGUGCAAGACGUUCGCACUGGGACGCAUGAAGACAGAAUGGACUCGUUCUUUCUGGCAGAGAUGUUUAAAUACUUGUACCUGCUGUUCACGGAGAAGACACAGCUACCCAUCGACAUCGACGACUACAUCUUCACCACAGAAGCCCACCUCCUGCCUGUGUCGCUCUCCACCGCGCAGCCGUCCUGCCAGGGCAACAGAACGAGGAGUGACGAAGAAGGUCCCGAAGACGACCUGUUCACACACACGUGCCCGAGCACAGACACCUUGUUCCCCAACAACCCCACCUUUGCCAAAAGCAUCCGUGACAGCUACAAGUACCUGACGGGCGUGGGGAGAGCUGUCCACCCUUCACCUGUCAGAGAAAUUGAGUUACCCCUUCAUGAUGGCGGCAUGGAGCCAGUGGAGUUCUUAAAAAGCAUGGGGAUCUCUCUCACGCCGCUCGGUGACUUCGGCACAGGAGACGCCAGAAGGGAGCAUACAGCAGUGUACCGCGUGAAGCUGGUGGCCGAGGUGAGCCAAACGCUGGACGAGGAAGAGGUGGUGCCUCACGCUGUGCAGCUUAUAUCGCCCCCCUUUCUGGGCCGGACCGUGCUGACCGCCGGCCCCGCCAAGUUUGGAUUGGACCUCACCACAAGAGAACACGGGGUGAAAGGCAGCCUCGCCAAGGCGUCCCCUUACACGGCAUGCGGCCCGGUGGAAAACCCUGCAGAGCUUAAAGGCCACAUCGCCGUGGCGCUGCGUGGUGACUGCAUGUUCGCCGCCAAAGCUCGUCGCCUGCAGGAGGCCGGCGCCACAGGAGUCAUCUUCAUAGACCACCGCGAGGGAAGCAGCAGCGAGGAAACACCGCUCUUCCAAAUGGUGGGCGACGGCGACUCCACCGCGGACAUCACGCUGCCUUUGGUGUUCCUGUUCAGCCGCGAGGGCGCCGUGCUCACCGCCGCACUGGAGGAGCAUCGCAACGUGGACGUGCUGCUCCUGCCCAAGGAGAGGCAGCUGGGACGCGCUAAGACCGACAAACCUGUCGGCAUCAACAUCAAACUGCGACUGGCCGAAGACCAAGACGUGGAGGAGCAGGAAGAAGAAGAGGAAGCUGCAUCCGGUGGUGGGUCCAUCGUGGAAGUUGUCGUUGGUGAAGGCGAGGAGCUUAAAGGAGACACAACUGAGCCCUGAGAGCAGAGCAGAGCAGAGCAGAUCCAGGACUGUGACCACUGAACGGAGCCACACCUCCUGGCAGCAGACCGUGGAAGUGGAGCUUUAAUCCGCUGAGACAAAACAAGGUCAUUCCAGCCCGAAAAAAAAAGCUUGAACCUCCUGUGUCCCUGAAGUUAAUAGAUCUUAACUUACCUCACCUUUAGAGAAGCGUUAGUCGAGGUAGCGGAGAGUCACCUGUGUUGUUAUGCAAUCUUUUUUAUUACGUCUAGAUUUUGCACCUUUUUUUUUUAACACUAUUAAUGAUCUGAAAAAUGUUGGCUUCCUGUUGAGCUGGAAAGCAACUUCAGGGAAAUUGAAGAGUGUAUUUUCUUUCUGCAGUGUGGGACUUUAUUGUUUUUCACUGCGUGAUAAUAGAACAUUCCAAAAAGUAAAAUUUGUAGACUUUAGCUGCCUUGCAUUUUAGUACUUUUGGAUUGUUUGUACAUUUUGUUUUUGUGCAAUGAUUAUUGUUGCUAUCGCCGUGAUUAUUUGGAUUGUUCAUGUUAUGGCAAGAAUAAUUUCAAUCAGGUUUGUCUGAGAGACCACAUGAGUAUUAAGGCCACAUGGGGGAAGAACAUCAAAUAAGAUUCAAGUUGAAAUAUUUGAGAUAAAGAUUAGACAAAAAAAAGUAUUUCAAUUUUAUUGCCAUAAUAUUGGGGGAUUUAUUCUAACAAUUUAUUUCUGGACUAAACAGCCCCUAAAUCUGUGUUGUUUUUAUUUUUUUUAAUUUAUGCUUCACUAAGAAUAAUUAAUCGAAAUAAUUUAAUUGGCAAAAUUGUGAGAAUAAACUUGAAAUAUUUUUAGAUUUUUUUUUAUUUAGAAAUAAAAAAAAUAAAAAUGUAUUGUAAUAUUUAAAUUUUAUUGCUGUAAUAUUUUGAUUUAUUUUGGUAAUAUUGACUUCAUUUCUGGACAGUAUUUUUUCCCUCUACAAGUCCCAUAAUAUUUUUUUGAUAUUUUAUUUUCAUAAUCCCAAAUUGUAAUUGUAAAUGUGAUUUGUUUCCUUUCCGUGUGGCCCUAAUACUGAUGCUCCAUACAACAAAAUGAACGUGUGCCAGGCGCUACGUGACGCAAUAAGCAACCUUUAUGUGCUAUCAUGGUCAUUUAUUAUGAAGCUGAUGGUUUCAAAGAUUGAUUGUGGCAUCGACAGUGUCUUCAUGAUUCAUGUCGUUGCUGCAAGGACUGAAAUGGAAAAGGUUUGAUGCAGCAAAAGUGAGCCAGAUUUAAUAUUUUUUGUUCAUGUUUGCACGGUGGAAAAUUUCCAUGAUGCUGCUUCAUUCAUCUUUUAUUUGAUAUAUUUGUUUUAUUAAGUACCAAGGCUUGGAUAACCUUUAUUACCUCAGGAUUGUGCUUAGUGCUGUUAAUACGUUUAAUAAAUGGUAAGUGGGGGGUGGGGGCAUGGUAGGAUAUGACAUUUUCAAAUUGUUUUAUAUUGUGGUCAGCAGUUUCUAAGGUUGAAGUUCAAUGUGCCAUAAAAAAUAU